UAAUUAGUUAAUGAUGAUCAGUGACGAUAAUUAGUGACCCAUUAUUUAGCUAUGACAACAGAUUAUGUGGGGUCUGUAGUGUGCGUGAAACUAAGCAAUGGCAGUUCCAUAAAAGGUCGAGUAGUUAAGAUAAGUUCAGCCACCAUAUCUCUCACCGACCUACCCGGGAAACAGAAAAACAACACGCUAGAUCUCUUUAGUCAUGAGAUUACAGAUCUCGAUAUCGUCUCUUUACCUUCCUCUCGACAAAAUCAGGAUCCGAAGCAGAUAACGAUAAUGAGACGGGACCAGAGUCCGGGGCGUAGAGGGAGCUCACCAAAUGAAAUGAUUCAGGACAAUAUGACACGCAAGCAGUAUAAAAAGGGCGAUACCUUCUCCGUGUCCGUCCAGAACAUGAACCCAGACUUUGACUUUCAAUCGAGCAACAAAAUGUUCCAAAAAGAUACCAUAUUUGACGAGUGGAGGCAACAGGACGGUGGUCUUCCUAGACUAGGCAACCCUGACAAACUGAAGCCGACCGAGAUGGUGAUAGAAAAUGUGGCACCCAUCCACGGACCUACAUUUGAUGGCGACUUUACGUCUGACGAUAAGAUACCUCUUGUGGGACUGAGUCUCUCUAAGAGGAUAGCACUGUUUAAGAGGGCCAUAAACUGCGGUCUGAGUUAUAGUCAUGUUGUCAGCGUAGCUGGAAUGUCUGUUGCACAAAUGGUCAUUCAGGUUCUGGGCGGAAGUUGUCGUGUCAGUUUCAACAACCACAACAAGCCACCCGUAGUUGCCGCUUUGGUGAGCAGUGGAGAAAGUGGUAAAGUGGCUAUCACGGCGGCUCUCCACUUGUCUCAACAUGGUGUUAACGUUAAAGUUAUCUUGUUUGCCACCCCCAAGGGUUGUGAUGGCAUUGUUAACAUUCUGCAUAAGUGCAAGUGUGUACUAGAGAACGGUCUCCAGGGGCUUCCUAAUAUUAUUGACAUCAUCAUCGACGGGACCCAGGACCGUAAUACCUUACUAAAUUGGCCGGAGUGGAUGAACACGGUGAUAGACUGGACGGAGCAGAGUACAGUACCAAUAGUUGCUGUUGACCCCCAACAUCCUCAGCAGAUGCCACGUAAUCCUACACCUCCUAAAUUUACCUGCGCUCUUGGGGCUCCUCUUCUCACUCAAGGCAAGGUUGGUAGACUGUUUCUAGUGGACAUUGGACUCUUUCCUCUCGCUUUCAAAGAAGAAAACAUUCCUUAUAGAUCACCCUUCUUUGAUAAGUUCGUAAUUCCACUGAAUCGGAACGCAAAACAGCGCAUCAACAGUAGUAACAGUGGAUAACUCUGCGACAUGACCCGUGACCGACAAAUCAAAUUGUCAGUUGUCGUUUUAAAGGACUGUGUUUUACUCGAAUCGGUGGUGUGAUGAGUAGUCAUUAAAAUGAUGACAGUUUUCUGAUGUUUCAUUUUACUUCGGCUGUUUUUGGUCGAACUAUAUAUACGUAUAUUGCCGUGUCGUUAGUGUCGCAAUGCGUAGCAAACCGAUGUUUUUUAUUUGUUUGAGGUUACCAACAAUCAUUAUUGUUUUUAGUUUUAUCAA